AUGGAAUAACUAAGCACAUCAUCAGAGGUUAAAAGAGAAGACUCAUUCUAGCUAAGCUCUUAAACUCCUUAGAUAAAAAUAAAUAAAUAAAUUCAAAAGAAUAAAACCAACAUAAAAAAUCAUUCUGACUAUGGAACUCGCAAAUCAACAUUAAAAAAUUUCAAGGUUCAUCAAACAUUAAUACCCAAAGAACAGAAAAUAAAUGGAAUUUUUAUGAAAUCUAAAUACUGGAAACGCAAGAAAUUUAUUGCUACCUCAGCUAAUGCCUCGGCUAUUGAAAUUUCGAACAGACUGGUACUUUUUAAUGAAUAGCAAAUCGAAGCAUAUUAUGAUGAUUUAGAACCAUAAUAAAUACAUGAUCUCUCACAAGAAAUCAACAGAGUAUCCUCUAUCUGUAAAAAUAAUACAUAAAGAAUAUUAGAAUUGAAUCUCUGCUGCUAGUUACAAAACAAGUUAUAUACUUUUAAAUUUUUGCUUGACCACUUCAGUAAAUUCCUUGAACCUCAAUAUCAAAGAUUGCAUCAAUUUUUGUAAAAGUAUUAGAUUACUGUUAGUUCUAUGUAUUGCAGACUCAAUAGCAUAUCAAAAUAAAUUUAAAAAGAAGAAAGCUAUUACUAAAAAGUAUUGGAUUCAUCAAGUGCUGUUUACUUCGAUGUUAAAGAAUAAGUUAAAUAAUAUUGCUAAAAAUUGAAUUCAAACAAUAAGAGCAAAAAAUUAUUUUAUUUAUACAAAAUAUAAAGAGUUAAUUAUUAAUCUAAGUCAAACGAUCUCACAUAGAUAGGCAUUUCCUAUGAUUUACUAAAUGUUUUAGCAAAUAGUGAGGAUAAAUGUUAAAAUUUUCCACUUUAAUAUUAUAAUAGAUUAAUUUAAAUAACUAAGCAGUAUAAUGGAGAGCAAAGAAUAAAUACCUAAAUCAAAUUAAUGGAAGCUAUGAACAAUUAUGAUGAAGAUGUUAAUGACAUUUAAAUUAUUUUACAAUCUUUAGAUUUUUUAGAUUUGUAUUGCUCAGCAAAUAUACAUUUUAUUUAUCCCUCUAAAAUUCCAUCUUGGAUGGGAAAAGAAGAUAUAUGCGCUUAGAUAUGGAGUUUUUCCAUAAGCGAUGAUAUUUUACAAUAAACAUAAAAACUCAGAAAACAAUCAAGCAUAUAAACCGAAUACAACUCCUCAGACAAUAUAGAGUACUGUAUGACUAGAGACUUAUUCUUAAAUAAAUUUUAUCCAUCAAUUUAAUUUGAAUGA